GCCUGGUGGAGGGAGGGGACCGUGCUGAAGGCUGGGUUAGCGAGCUGAGCAACAAGGAAGGUUGUUUGGAGAGAAAAGAGAGAGGGGGACGGGUCCGGGAUACCACCUUCCCGCAAGAUAGCCUAACAUCUUUAGUUUGCUAUUAUUUGUUUUGUGAUUGUUUGAUGCAAUGUCGACCAGUCGUCAUCAUAGUGAGAGCCGGGCCAUCCCGACCAGGACGGUGCUGAUCAACGACACAACGCAGCUACCUCAUGAUUAUUGCACCACCCCUGGAGGCACUUUAUUUUCCACCACUCCGGGAGGAACCCGGAUCAUCUAUGAUCGGAAGUUUCUGUUGGAUAGACGUAACUCCCCUAUAGCCCAGACCCCACCAGCACACCUGCCCAUCAUCCCUGGAGUAACCAGCCAAAAUGUCCUUAAUGAAAAUAAGAAGAAUCAAGCUAAUAACAUUAACAACCGUGACACCAAACCAGGAACAGGUGAAGAUGCUCAGUUUGAGAUGGACAUCUAAGCAAAGGAGAAACAAGAUGAAGAAAUAAGAAGGAUGAACCUGGCGCAUGUGUGCCAGUGGCUUGGCUUGUAGAAACCAAUAUCAUAAGGCCUCUCAGCCAUCUCCUUUUGCUCUCUCAUUAGCUGCUGGUUCUUUAUCACCCAUGGGGAUUACACUUGACUUCAGGUCAGGUUGCUGCAGCCCAGGAAAACUAAUGUAGAUGUUGCCUUCAUCUGGUUAGUUUUCAGGGGCACUGCAGAAAACCUGUUUCAUGGCCACAAACUAAAGGAAUAUGUGACAGAAGUGCCCAGAAGUAACAUAUUCAAACUGACAAAAUCAGUUUUACUAUCAGGGUGCAUUCUAUUGCUAGAUAACUCAGUCUUUGACUACUCACAUUGUCUGUCUAAUCCAUGAAGAAUGAAUGAGUUGAGUGGACAUUUAUGGUACACAGUUAUAUUUGGAUUGCCACAUUAACAAAUUCGGAAAAAAACUGAAAACCAUACCCUAAAAAAAGUAUCUAUAAGCUCUUUUUUGGAGUCUGUUAGGUGUAUUUGGUGAAUUUGGGAGAUCAGCAUUAAUCAGCUGUCCCUUGUCUAUGAACAACAGCAAAUUCAUUCCAGGCCUAUUAUGCCCAUUACUUGCUGGUGUGAGUUUGACAUCUAUUUCUAGGAAUAUUCAGUUAUUCAUAUUUGAUUUAAGAUGUUGCACAAUGAAUCAUGUCUAUUCCAGCAUAAACAUCAUUCUAAGGGCAAUUUUCUCCCCUUAUAUACAUGUGAUAUGUAACUCCAAACAAUUCCACUGUGCACCACCAUUCAUGCCCUGUAAAAGUCCAUGCUGAAAUAUCUGUAGAACAAAGACACUCAGUCAGCCUUUGCAUCUAGUCAGAAGUCUUAUUUUUUACAGAUUGUUUCAUAAAUUAACGCCAAUGUGACCGAAGUCUCACUAGAUGUAUGAUUUGCCUCUAUUUUUGUGAGAUAAAUUUCAAUUAUUGUAAUUAUUGUUAUACUUUAAUACCAUUUUCACACAUAUACUAUCAUAAGUGUCAAGGUAAAGUGACCUUUAAAUUAAUAUCUGUGAAAUCUGAAGGCUCUUCACGGGUGUUGGAUUCAGUAGUUGUGUUUCAGUGAGGCACAUGCACUAAGUAAAUAUGAGAUUUACAGACUUUACCACACUUAUCUGGCAUAAUGAAAAGUAUGUCAGUAAAGCCCAAAAGCCCAUUCAAACCCCAUUUAAAUCAAAUUGCUACUUUAUAUUCAAACUUUAAAUACUGGGUCAGAGGUAGGAAAGCACUGAAAUGUUGUCAGGUCAUCUGUAGAGAUUAAUAUAAUACUAAAAAACCACCAGUCAAUUGGCAGUUAAAGAUCAGAUGAAGAGAUGAAACAACACACUCGCACAAGCUCGGUGACCUGACACUCAUUAGAUUAAAUUGAUUUUUUUGUGAAAAACUUGAAUUUUUUCCAACUCUCCUCUAUGCAUUUUCACCUUUAUUACUUCCCAUCACCUUUCAGUGUGAAAAUCUAUGAAAUUGGUUCAAAUUAAGUUCCUAUUUAAAUACCGUACUGUAGCCAACAGUCAUCUUUUUUAAAAGUA